UCAUUUCAACAAGUUCGCCACAGAGUCGAGAAUCCCCGACAAGCACUGCCCGAUUCCGAGAUCGGAGAAAAACAUAAAAAAUAAAUACAAAAAAAAAUAAUAUAAAAUAAAAGAAAUUAACAACAAAAAGUUAACAGAAAACAACGAAUAACCGUGAGCACGACAAGUGACAAGCCCAAACAAAGAGCCAAGUAAAUAAUAUUAUAUACCAAAGUGUACAUACGGAUACAUAAAAACAUACACAAGCGAAACAAUCAUAAAUUGAAUUGCAACUUUAUUGGUUUUAAUUGCUAAAAAUAAAAGAAGAGCAUAACAGCUACACAGUGCGAAUUCUAUAAUGAAUUGAAUCCGUGAGAUCGUGCAAGAUAGAGAUACGAAACGCAGAGAUACAACACCACACACCAGAGAUACAAGCUACCAGAUAAAGACCCGCCCCGACAAGCUGAAGGAGAUGAAUCGAAGUGCGCUGCCCUGUGGCAGCAUUUUCUUGGCCCUACUACUGUGUGUGAGUGCGGUCGGUGUCCUGGCCACAGGACAUCCUGCCGCUGAGGACGACAGUGACUUGGCCCUCAUUCCACCGGAUGCCGACAAUGUGGAGAUCCAUGAAGUCAAGUUGGUGGAUGGCGCCUUCCAGGAGGAUCAUCCGGUGAUCAUGUACAAAGAGGAUUUUGUUACCGAAGAUAAGGACGCUAAUGCUGGUGCCCAUCAUAAAAAGCACCACAAGGCUCACAGGCAUGCAGAGCCUGCCAAGUCGGAGGAGAAGAAGAUCUACUUCGAUAUUCUGUCCGACGAACCGAUUGUACUCAACUCUGACCUGAAGACGGGUCCUGUGAGCAAUCAGGAUGCCAUCCAGCUAGUGAAGCCCGUCAAAGAGGAAUGGCUGAUGAAGUAUCCCAAGAAGUACCAGAGUCACAGUCGCCAGCGCAGACAGGCCUACUUGCCGAGCAUUUACUACAACCAUCCCUAUGCCCAGAACAACCUUCCACCUCUCUUCUAUUUGUCACGCCUACCGGUGGCGGGCAAGAAGCCCAUUUAUCUCGGCAAGAACCCUAAUUGGUCGAAAAAGGAAGAUCGCCAGCCAGUGAGCGUGGGCAGUCGGGAUGACUUCCUGUUCCACAACUCUGAUCCCUCCCAGGCCGAUUUCUCGGUUUUCAAUCAGACCAGACCCACUGCUCCUCCACCCACUCCUUCUUUCCAAGGCGGCUUUGGAGGCAGCUCUUCCGGUAGUAACUCAGUCAAUGAUCGACCCUCGCGUCCCACAUGGAUGACCAGUGCACCCCCAAGUCGCCAGCCGAGUAGGCCAGUGGUGGGUCUGCCGACCCUGAGACCGCAGUCAGCCACCAGCGCACCGAAGGUCACCAGCUGUGUGUGGGCCAUCGUAAACUGCUGCACCAGCGAAAGCAAGAAGAUCCGGUACAGCUGCUUUGAGGAGUUCGGCUGCCACGGCGCCUUCUGGGAUAUCAAUCCCUGCGCCGACCAGGCUGUGCUUGACGCCGAAGGUAUUCUGGAGGAGACCUACCCAGCAGCCGCCUCCGUGCCGUUCCCCUCUGCCGCCGCCGCCUCCCGGCCGGCCGCACCGGCCCGGCCAUCAUUCAGACAAGACACCUUCCAGUAUCCCCAGGAGUAUGGUUACCAGGCGGGCAGCAAGUGCUAUCGUGCCUCGCAGCUCUGCUGCAAGCUGAGGAACCUGGCCUCCACCUACGACUGUUUCCAGUACCAUGGAUGCGAUCAGAGCCUCUCGAACAUCAUAUCCGGCUGCUCAUGAACGGGGCUGAAGUUUAAGUGAACUCAUUGAAGUCUGCCUCGCGGUUUAUGUUUAGUAUUUAGGGGGAAGCCCCAUUUAAUUUUCACGAAUUAAUGUCUAUGUUUCGAAAAACAUAUCUAGUCAGUUGGAUAUCGUUCGCGGCUUGCAACAAUGGCUGGUGCCAAGGCAGUCCAUUUUUUGAUAAACGGAAAUAAUAAAUUAUUCAUCAACUUUUUUGGUUAUAACAAAAA